GACUAUAUAUUUACAAAAUGGAGGCAUUUCCUUGACUUUUAUGUCAACAGUUUUAUUUUUUGGCGAAAAUGUUGCUGUAUGUCCAAAAUAAAUCAUUUCCAUUGAGAACAUUUGUUCUGUCUGUGAAGAAUGAAGAUAAAGUAGCUCGUGUUCGAGCUCAACUACUUCAUAUCUUGUAUGAACUGGGCAAGGAUCAUCAUCAGUUUAGAUUAAGAUAUAGAGGAGAGAUUCUUCGGGAUGCAGAUUAUUUGGGAGAUUAUCAAAUUGGCGAUAAUUGUGUAAUUACUAUGGUUCCAAUGGUGAAAAAAUUGGAGUUUGAUGGUGUUUCCGUAUCCAGCAGUCAGACAAAUUAUGAUUCAAGCUCUGGUCAACCACCUGAUAUAAAAGAUGCUCUCAAUCGGGAAGUCAAGCAUUUUGAUCAACGGGAAAAAUUUCUCAAUGAUUUCAAGGCUCUUCUUUACAUUCACUCAUUGUUGGUGUUUUUGGCUUUAAUGUCUGUUUAUUGGUAUUCAGCUGCUUGGACAGGUUGUCUGUUUGUCGUAGCUAUAAUCUUUGUACCAAGUUAUUCCAGAUUAGGUGGAUUCGUUGGUAAUAACACACAUCUGAGAAAGUAUUAUUGUGUUGGAUUUGGUAUUGGAGGAUUGAUAUGCCUGGGUGUAGCCAUUUGUUUCUCGGUUAUUACUUGGACCAGAAUUGUGAAUCAUGGUUGCAAAGACUGGAUGUUUGUAGAUGAUUGUUCACAUCAACAAGUCUUUUCUGCCCUUCUGUACACAGUACAUUCCCUGUUGUUUAUUGUAUCAGUGGUGGUAAUAUGGAUCCUUUUGAUAAAUUUUCGUGUAGAGGUUGGUGACUUUAUAGAGAAAUAUCUGGUACAGGAAAGAGACAUUGAAAAGGUUGUUUCAGCAGCCAAAAAUGGAAGUACAAAAGUAAAAAGACAAGCAGCUUAUGAACUAGCUACAAUGGCUGCUUCAAGUGAUGAUAAUAAGUUAAUGAUAGCAGCUGAAGGAGGACUACUGGUUUUAGAAUCGUUAGCCUUAUGUCGUGAUUCAGCUACACAAGAACAUGCUAUAGAAGCUCUAGCAGAACUCCUCAUUAUACCCUCUAUGCAGGAUACAUUUGUUAAAAUGGGUGGUUGUCGUAGCUUGUCAGCAGCACUACAUUCAUCUCAUUCAAGAGCUGUCCAGGAAGCAGCAAAUGCCAUCUAUAUCAUCGUGUCAGAAUCAGAAGAAAAUAAAAAUAAUGUUAUAGCUGAUCGUGGAAUAGAAGAUUUAGCACAUGUAGCUUAUGAAGGUAAUACGGUCAGUCAGAGAACCAUAGCUAGCAUAUUUCUGGAACUAGCGUUUAAUAAUGAGAUCAGAUCCCAAUUAACAUCUUCUAACAUUCCAGCCCAGGCUCUGACUAGUUUAUGUGAGAAUAAAGAUAUGGAGACUAAACGUUAUUCCCUCCAGGCUCUAGAAUUAAUGGCAAUAGAAAGUUCGGAUAUGAUUUGUGCUCAGGAAAAUCUUUUGAAUAUAUUAUUGGAAGUACCAUUCAAGACAAUGGAUGAAAAACUAUAUUUACUUGCUGGUAAAAUACUCAUGUAUUAUGCUGAGAAUCCUGAGACUUGUGAACAACUACUUGACAACAGUAAUGUAAAAGAGAGUUUAGGAUUGUUUGCCAGAACAGAUGAUCCUGUCUUACAGAAAGUAGUUUCUAAGAUCAUCUUCUGUACACUUGAAACUAAAGAGCUUAAGAUGAGAGCCCUGCAUUUGAAACUUGAUCGAGUUUUAGAUUAUAUUAAAGAGCAUGCUGCUGACAGAGAAACCUGGGAUAUGGCCGACCAAGCGCUUAAUGAUAUGAACUCAUCAGAUGAUUUAAACAACCUACCAACAUUGUCCACAUUAGAAAAACUCAAGAAAAUGGAAUCAAAAGAUAAAUUUGGGUCAAGUUCAUCUGUUGGAUCAGAGGUUAAAGGUCAAGACAGUUUCACCAGUUCUAACUCUGAUUUGAAGAAAUAAAACAGAGAUAUAAAAAACAAAUAUUAUUAUCAUUGAAAGAUGCGUUAUGUAAGAGCUAAAUAUAACAACUCUGUAGAGUAUCGGAUUACACCUGUGAGAUUUAGAAGUUUAACGAUAAAAUGGAUAAGCGAGACUUAGUAUUGUUGCUACUAUAAUAAACAAUCUAUGCUACAUCUUCAAACACUCAUAACUUCAAUAUUUUUGAACUAUUAUAGCAAGAACUGCCAGCUCUUUAUUUAAAUCUUACAUAAUGCAUCUUUAAAAAGAACUUCACUUUGAUCUGGUUAGACUUUAGACACAAUCAUUAUCCACCAGAAAUAAGAAAAUAAUUUAUCUGUCACAAUAUUUUAAAAUGUAUUUACCUAUAUAUUUAUACUUUGCUUUAUUACAAUAAUAUAUAUAAUUCAUUUUUUUGAUGAGAAUUUGAUUGAACAGGUGAAUCAAAAUUAUUUUUUUUACAAAUGAACAUUAUAUUAUAAUCUUAUACUGUGAUAUUUUAUAUGUAUACACUUUAUUGGAUAUAUUUUUCUGUAUUUAUAUGUGAUGUUUGCUGUUGAUAAUAUCAAACUUUUAUCAUUUCAUUGCAAAUUUUUUUUAUAAAUAAUAUAUAUAUGUGCUAUUUACUACAGUUUAUUAGAUCCAUUCAAUUAUUUGCUUUUACUGUGAAAAGCUAAUUAACACUCUUUAUUUGACUGCAGGAAUUUUUACAACCCCCAAGUGGGAAUAUCAGCUACCGAUUUUUUUAUGCUGAUCACAAUGCUAAGAAACUAUUUAGACGAAAGUUGGCAAAAGCAAUCUGAUUUCAGUACACAAACUGAAAUAUAUAACCAAAAUUGCCCUGUACACUGUAGAUAUAUCUAUUGUAAGUUAACCUUAUAAAUACAUAAAGUUGCAAUAUAAAAAUAAAUAAUUAAUAUAAUGAUAAUCAAAAUUGAUUAGUAGCCUGUAUUAAUAUGUUAUGUUUUACUGUGUCUCUGAUCAUGUGAUACUCCGCCCUUCUACACUUUAUUUAUUUUUAUACUCUGUAUUUUCAUUGAAACCAAUAAAAAUGCAUUUGAAUUAUACCUGAUAUUAUACUUGUCCAUCCAUAUAAAACAUAAAUUAUUAUCCAGAUAUAUACUGGUUUUAUAAACCUCUUUAAUUUAGACCAACAAGUAAGAUUUUAUGACUGUACAUCAAGGUUGAUAAUAAUUGCUUGUCUCAAUAACACAUCAGAUCAACCCCAGUUGACUAUAACUUAUAAUUCUAAAAGUUAGAAUUUCAAGCUGGGUCAGACUUAUGAACAUUGAAAUCCCCAUCGGUCUGGCGUCCAUAAUUGCUUGUGGACGCUCUAGAGGCCAAAGUUAAUAUCCGAUUGACUUUAAAUUUAUUCACAGUGUUUAAGGUCAUGAGACAAAGAAGCCUAUUGAUUUUCAGCAAUUUCCAAUAAUUACUGCCCGAGUUAUGGCGCUCGAUCACUUCAAAAUAUCUUGUGGACACUCUAGAGGCUAAAGUUAACAUCUUUAAAUUUAUACACAGUGUUUAAGGUCAUGAGACAAAGAAGAUUAUUGAUUUUCAGCAAUUUCCAAUAAUUACUGCCAGAAUUAUGGCCCUUGAUCACUUCAAAAUAUCUUCUGGAUGCUCUAAAGAUAAUAUCCGAUUGACUUUAAUUUAUACACAGUGUUUAAGGUCAUGAGACGAAGAAUCUUAUUGAUUUUCAGCGAUUUCGGGUAAUUACUGCCAGAGUUAUGGCCCUUGAUCACUUCAAAAAAUCUCGUGGACGCUCUAGAGGCUAAAGUUAAUAUCUGAUUUUCUUUAAAUUUAUACUCAGUGUUUGAGGUCAUGAGACGAAAUAUCCUAUUGAUUUUCAACGAUUUCCGAUAAUUUAAAUUAUCAUCCAAUUGAUUUCUGAUUGAUAAGGUCUUGAGACGAACAAGUAGAUUGAUUUUCAAUGAAUUUUUAUAAUUUGGAACAGCUAAAUCCAUGAUAUUAAAUGUUUCGUAUACUAAACAUUCGCAUGGGGCAGAACUUUAUAAAAACCAAACAAAUUCUAAUGAUUUUCUGAUAAUUAC